GUGCAGCUGCGGUCCUGUCGGCCAAUCGCGGGGCGUGUAGGGGGUAGGCUGGCGUGGCACUGGUUCCAGGGGUAUGGAGCCUCUGGCGCGGGGACAGACUGUCAGGUGGUUGCUGAGCCGAAUCUUAUUCUAAGAACUCAGACACUCAGGUAUCCACCAUGGUGUUGGGUCCUGAGCAGAAGAUGCCAGAUGAAGAUGCUUCUGGAGACCACGGGGAUUCUGCCAGUCUUGGGGCCAUCAACCCUGCCUACAGUAACUCCUCUCUUCCACAGUCCCCCGGGGGGCACUCAGAGGACGCUUUCACCACGUACUUUGAUGAGAAGAUUGCCAUUCCUCAGGAGGAGUACUCUUGUUUUAGCUUUCGUAAACUCUGGGCUUUCACGGGACCGGGAUUUCUUAUGAGCAUUGCCUACCUGGAUCCAGGAAACAUUGAAUCUGAUUUGCAGUCUGGAGCAGUGGCUGGAUUUAAGUUGCUCUGGGUUCUUCUGAUGGCCACCAUCGUGGGGCUCCUGCUCCAGCGCCUUGCAGCUAGACUGGGAGUGGUCACUGGGCUGCAUCUUGCUGAAAUGUGUCACCGUCAGUAUCCCAGGGUUCCACGAAUUAUCCUGUGGCUGAUGGUGGAGUUGGCUAUCGUUGGCUCAGAUAUGCAAGAAGUUAUUGGCUCCGCCAUUGCCAUCAAUCUCCUCUCUGCAGGAAGGGUCCCGCUAUGGGGUGGAGUUCUUAUCACCAUUGCAGAUACCUUUGUAUUUCUCUUUUUGGACAAAUAUGGCUUACGGAAGCUAGAAGCAUUUUUUGGUUUUCUCAUCACUAUUAUGGCCCUCACAUUUGGAUACGAGUAUGUUACAGUGAAACCCAGCCAGAUCCAGGUCCUCAAAGGCAUGUUCCUGCCAUCCUGUUCAGGCUGUCGUACCCCACAGAUCGAGCAGGCUGUGGGCAUCGUGGGUGCUGUUAUCAUGCCACACAACAUGUACCUGCAUUCUGCUUUAGUCAAGUCCAGACAGGUAGACCGAGCCAAUAAGGAGGAAGUUCGGGAAGCCAAUAAGUACUUUUUCAUUGAAUCCUGCAUUGCUCUUUUUGUUUCCUUUAUCAUCAACGUCUUUGUCGUCUCAGUCUUUGCUGAAGCAUUUUUUGAGAAAACCAACGAGCAGGUGGUUGAAGCCUGUAGAAGUAUCAGCAGCCCCCAUACUCACCUUUUUCCUGACGAUAACUCAACACUGGCUGUGGACAUCUACAAAGGGGGUGUUGUGCUGGGGUGUUACUUCGGGCCUGCUGCACUCUACAUCUGGGCAGUGGGGAUCCUGGCUGCAGGACAGAGCUCCACCAUGACAGGAACCUACUCUGGCCAGUUUGUCAUGGAGGGAUUCCUGAACCUAAAGUGGUCACGCUUUGCCCGAGUGAUUCUGACCCGCUCCAUUGCCAUCAUCCCCACUCUGCUUGUUGCCGUCUUCCAAGAUGUAGAGCAUCUGACAGGGAUGAAUGACUUCCUGAAUGUUCUUCAGAGCUUACAACUUCCCUUUGCUCUCAUACCCAUCCUCACGUUUACGAGCUUGCGGCCGGUAAUGAGUGAAUUUGCCAAUGGACUAGGCUGGAGGAUCGCAGGCGGUAUCUUGGUCCUUAUCGUCUGUUCCAUCAACAUGUACUUUGUCGUGGUUUAUGUCCAAGACCUAGGGCAUGUGACAUUGUAUGUGGUGGCUGCUGUGGUCAGCAUAGCUUAUCUGAGCUUUGUGUUUUACUUGGGUUGGCAAUGUUUGAUUGCACUGGGCAUGUCCUUCCUGGACUGUGGGCACACGUACCUACGUCUGGGAUUGACAGUUCAGCCUGAACUCUACCUUCUGAACACCGUGGAUGCUGACUCACUUGUGUCUAGAUGACUGACAGCCUGAGAGACUCUAUAAGACCCACUUUCUCUUAGUCCUUUUGUGCCAAGUGUCCUGUUAACGUAUCUCUGUUAGUUCAGUGGUGAGUUUUGUUCAACCAUUUUGAGCAGAAGGCAAAGAUUUCCUCAUGGGACGGGUGUUAAAAGCUGACAGCUUUAAGUGUAGGUCAGAGACCCGGAGAGUCCUGCAACUGCCAGAGUUAAAUUUUUAGCCCGUGAUGGUCACACACCCCUAUGGGCUUGUGUCUCGACUUCUGGAAUUUAAAAUAUAUAUCUGUGUGUACGUUUAGGUAAACCUGAACAUAUCAGUUUGGGUAGAGUUUUAAGGUUAUAUAAAAAUGAUAGAUCUUUUGUAUUUUUUUAACAAAUGUUGCUCAGAUAAAUCAGGUAUUUAUUUUGUCUGGAUCGCAAGUGACAAAGGAAAAGGAGCAUUGUUCUUUUUCAGAGUGAACUGGUCAAGCUGACUUACUUUUAAAGUGAUACUUGACUAUAGCCAGUUAAAUUUCACUUUGAUUUUUAUUGACCGAACCUUGGUGACUACUGAUUCUAGCACAUCAUUUCCAAAGAAAACACUUCUUCUAUUUGGCAUGUUUAAUCCUGGUUGUCGGUGUGCUUUGUGAUUGUUAUUUUCUUUGUUGCUUUUCUUGAGUUUUUUUCAGAGAUAUGAUGGUAUUUUCCAAAGAGCUUAACGCCUACGAACAGGAGCCAGAAAUCACACUGAAACCAAUGAUCAGUUUUCCCUGCUGCAUUGUAACUCAGCCCAUUCUAGCAUUUAAGUUGUAGGUAUAAAAAGAAUUCUAACAUUUAACUUUGUAAGUCCCAACAGAAGAUAAUGGAGGUAUUAGUUUUCUUUCUGAUGUGUGUAUAGUCCCACCAUGUCUUUUCUUCCCACUUUUCCCAUUAACACUCCAAACACCAUUUCUAGGUCCAAAGUCUAUUUCCCGGAGUGGCUAAUAUUUCUAACGCUGACUCUCCUAGGGAAUGCUAAGCGUUUUAAGUUAUAUAUACCAAGUAUAAUAGUAUGACAUGAGAACUAGACUGGGACUUGGAAGAUUUGUCCACAUGUCACAAGCUGCCUGCCUACAUGUGGCUUAUAGAUAUUUUUUGAUCCCCCUGUUCCUAACCAGGAUUUUUUUUUUCCAUAAAAUUUUUAUAAUAAAACAUUUAGUAUUUAAAACUUGAAAGUUUCUACAUAACGAUCUGAUUGAAAAGUCAGAAGAUUUUCAACAUUGGGCCCACGUUCCUUCAUGGAAGUGCAGUUGGCUUAAACUGA